CGUAUACCAGAACUUGAGAAAGAUUUUCUCUUGAACGGCUCCAACGAAUGCGAAUUUUACCAUAAACUGAUAGGAAAAGGAAAAGCGACGAAGAAUGAGGUACAACUUUCACAAGAGUGUUAUGGGAUCGGUGGAGUUAGCUGGCGUCAACUUUCCCCUCUCGAGUUUGAGGCGAUUUCUAAAACAUUUGGUUCUGCGCCUCCAAACAUGAAAGUGCAAGCAUUUUCCCGUAUCCGAAAACUGAAGUGUGUCUACCAAUCUAAAGCUUAUAAACGUGUUCAAAGCAGAAAUAGUUACACGAUAAGGUUCACGGAUGGAAAUAAGGACAGUUACGGACAUAUCGAAUUCUUCGCUCAGUUCAAGCCAAUGUGUUUGUGUGCCGAGGUAGAAUGUAGGUGUCCUAUUUUUAAUGUUGCGGUUGUUUCUACUCUUCCACGACUAGACGUGAACCUAAUACACGACGAUAUCACGCAUGCAUCGGUUCCGAACAUUGUUGUAGUAGCCCCACCAAAGACCAAUAAAAUACAAGUUGUUGAAAUAGAGAAAAUACAAGAGAAGUGCACAUACAUGCAAUUUUGUGACUCGCCAGAUCAAGCAUUUGUAGCACGGUUUCCAAACUUGGUUGAAACGGAUUAG